UUUUGUUGUGUCUCCAAGAAUACUAAGCGCGUGUCUGCAUUUCUGACAGAGAUAAAGAGGAACAGAGGAAGAGAAGAAAGCGACAGGGAGAGAAAGAGCUGCGAGGAGGAGAAUUGAUAAAGAGGAGCCUCCUUCCCAGUUGACAAGUGUCUGCUGGCCUCCAGGACAGUUGAGGGGGUGAAGAGUUUCACACGGAGCCUGGCCUUGGCCAAAGAAGUAGACAUGGACGAAAGACUGGCGCACAUUAAACAAGAGGACUGUGAAUGGGGUACAGCGGAGGACUUGUGUGUGAAGCUGGAGGCCUGCGAAGGAAGAAUUUCCGAUUUUAAAGAGGAGGACUCGAAAGACAAGGACGUUACCAUUAAAGCCGAGAGUUCAGAGCAUUCAAAAGUUAUCUCUGAAGUGCCGAGUAUGUCCAAGGACGAUAUUUGCGAAGACUCUCAUUUCGGUUUAGAGCCCUGGUUCAGUGAUACAAGACGACUGCCAACCAAGCAGAAUUCUAUGGAGCUGAAACCUGAGGUAUCUGAGCAUGGCAAGAAAAUCGGUGGGGGAAGUGAGAGAAAAAGAGAAGUGCAGCAGUCAUCUGGGAAUGAGAGAAUAAGUUUACACGAGAACGUCAGUUUCUCUCCAUCUUCAUCUGCUCAAACUUCUCAUCCCUGCAAACUGCAACACAAACAGAAAGAGAAGACGAAGAAAUCAAAAAGAGAAUCAAGAAUUUUGACGGCUGCCUCCAUGCCGAGCAGUUCUGUUUCUGCGAGAGAAGCCAUCAACACUCACCAACAACAAGAGCCCAACUCAGAUCAAGAGGCUUUGUGUGCUGGCCAGGAGUGUAGACAACACAAAUCUGAAUUUAAAAGUAUCGAUUCGUUUCAUGCAUCGCCAUAUUGCUGUUCUGAGUGUGGCAAACAAUUCCUGCAUAAGUGCAGUCUUACAGUUCAUAGAAAAAAACACACUGGAGAAAAACCUCAUUGCUGCUCUGAAUGUGGGAAACGAUUUUAUGACAGUUACAAGCUCCAAACGCACACAAGAAUCCACACUGGAGAAAAGCCCUAUGGCUGUGCUGAAUGUGGUAAACGAUUCGUUCAAAGUAGCCAUCUUCGGGCACACGCAAGGAUUCACACAGGAGAAAAACCUCAUUGCUGCUCUGAAUGUGGAAAACGAUUUUCUGACCGCUACAACCUCCAAACCCACACAAGAAUCCACACUGGAGAAAAGCCGUAUAGCUGUGCAGAGUGUGGGAAAUUGUUCAAAAAAAGCAGCCACCUUCAGAGACACAAAAGAGUUCAUACUGGAGAAAAGCCAUAUGUCUGUUCUGAAUGUGGAAAAAGAUUUUCUGACCAUCAUAGACUCCAAACACACACCAGGAUCCACACUGGAGAAAAGCCGUACAGGUGUGCGGAAUGUGGAAAAUUAUUCAUUGAAAGUAGCCACCUUCAGAGACAUACGAGAGUUCAUACUGGAGAAAAGCCGUACGUCUGUGCUGAAUGUGGAAAAAGGUUCGCUGACAGUGGCAGUCUUCUUCUGCACACACGAAUUCAUGCUGGAGAGAAGCCAUUUUGCUGUCCUAAAUGUGGAAAAAGGUUUCUCCAAAAUGGCGGUCUUCAGACACACUUAAGAAUUCAUACCGGAGAAAAACCUUAUUGGUGCUCUGAAUGUGGCAAGCAAUUUUCUGACAGACCACCUCUCAAGCUCCAUCAGUCAAUUCAUUCAAAACCAAAGAAAUUUGGCUGUUCUGAAUGUGGCAAAUGUUUCCUCUAUAACAGCAAGCUUCAGGUACACCUAAGAACUCAUACUGGAGAAAAACCUCAUUGCUGCUCUACAUGCGGCAAAAGAUUUAGCCAGAGCAACGGUCUUCAGAGACACGAAAGAAUUCAUACUGGAGAAAAACCAUAUUGCUGUUCUGAAUGUGGCAAACGAUUUACAGACAGUGGCAGUUUUCGUGUGCACACUCAAAUUCAUACUGGCGAGAAGCCAUAUAGCUGUACUGUGUGUGCAAAAAGAUUCACUAGAAGUAGCCAUCUUCAGAACCACUCAAGAAUUCAUAGUGGAGAAAAGCCAUAUUGUUGUUCUGAAUGUGGCAAACAAUUUUCUGACUAUUCCAGUCUCCUGAGACAUAAAAGAAUCCACACUGGAGAAAAGCCGUACGGCUGUGAUGAAUGUGAUGCACGAUUCUCUUACAGUUGCCAGCUUCAGCAGCAUAAACAGAUUCAUACUGGAGGGAAACCAUAUUGCUGCUCUGAAUGUGGAAAAACAUUUACCAAGAGUUGCAGUCUCCGUGUGCACGCUCAAAUUCAUACUGGAGAAAAGCCACAUGGGUGUGCUGAAUGUGGGAAAAGGUUCAUUAAAAGUAGCGAUCUUCAGAGGCACACAAAAAUUCAUGCAGUUGAGAAGCCAUAUUGCUGUUCUGAAUGUGGCAAAAAAUUUACCAAGCGUGGCCGUCUUCAUAUGCACGUUCAGGUUCAUACUGGAGAGAAGCCAUAUGACUGUGCUGAAUGUGGAAAAAGGUUUUCCACAAGUAGCACUCUUCAGAGCCACACAAAAAUUCAUAUUGGAGUGAGACCGUAUUGCUGUUCUGAAUGUGGAAAAAGAUUCAUUAGAAGUCACGAUCUUCUGAGGCACAUGCAUAUUCAUUCUGGAGAGAGGCCAUAUUGCUGCUCUGAAUGUGGAAAAAGCUUCAUUAAAAGUAGUGAUCUUCAGCGGCACACAAAAAUUCAUGCUGGUGAAAAGAAUAAAUUACAGAAGGAAGCACUGACAAUGUAAGUACUACACAAAGCCCUGACAGCUAAUCGAAGACAAUGACAACGGGUAGCAGUGCAAAAAUCACUCUGGAGAAACGAGUGCCCUUCAGGACUCAAGAGUGAGGUUCAUUCCCUCCUGAAAAGUAAGCAAACCGUCAUUGAAGAAAUCGGUCCUCCAAGAGAACAGUCACAUUGUUGCUAUGAAUGUGGAAAAAGAUUCAUUAGCAGUACAAGUUACAAAUUCAUGCUGGAGAGAAGCCAUUUUGCUGUUUUGAAUGUGGUAAACGAUUCUCUGCCAGUGCCACUCUUAGAAAGCACAAACAAAUUUGUAUUGGAGAGAAGCCGUUUUGCGGCUUGCGGCUUUAAAUGUGGUAAAAGAUUCUUCCAUUUAUACAAUCUUAACAGCCACAAACGAAUCCCCCAACGGAGAGAAACACUAUUGCUGUGCUGAAUGUGGGAAAUGAUUCUCUAGUGUGAAAGUCAACCUGACACAGACACAUGCAGAGGCACAACUUCAAAGCACACAGGGCUUUUAUUUUUAACUUCCCUUGUGGGAAAUGCCUUCUCCAUUCCCCACAAGUGUAACACAGUCCCAAGCAGGAACACAAUACACAAUUCUUUUCUCGUUUUUUUCUCCUCCAUUUCUCCAAGCAAGCUUCAUCUCCCUCCUCCCGACUCUGGCUCUCCGAGUGGUGGCUGCUAGCCCCUUAUAUAAAGCACCCAGAAGUGCUCCAGGUCCUCAUUGAUGGGUUUCUGGGGCAGCACUUCUGGGUGGGGUGGAAGAGCUGCACUCCAGGGCUCAGCGUCUGUUUAGCACCCCCUGGCGGUGCCCACGGACCCCAACAGGGCUGUGUCAAACUCCAACUCCCAUGGAGUCUGAGGCACCGCUGUCAGUCAGGGCAGUUGCCACUUAGCGCUCAGGGGGAGGUAAUGCUCUGUCCACGGUCCUUCUGACGAGGAGGCGUCCUGCCCGGGUAAGGGGCCUAGCCGUCCACAACACUAGUAACAGAGCUCUUCAAAAAGCACAAAUGCAUUCAUUGAGGGUAAAAAACAUUUAAUUUUUUUCUGAAUGUGAAAAAGGAUUUUUCACAGGCCAACAGUCUUCAAAAAACACAUCAAAAAUACACUGGAGCGUGAAUGUACUGAAUAAUUCUCACAAAUAAACAAUUUUCGAUGCGGCUGAGGAAAUCCACUCUGGGGAAAGAUUCUUGAAAGAGUAAAGAUGGAGGGUGAAGAAGAAGGUAAUGAAGGAAGAAGUGACAAUGUAGCUUUGCAUCUUACUCAAGUCUUGAUGAGUAUGUUCACUUGGUGAAGCUAAUCUCACAGUUUAAAAUGCACCCCAAAAGUAGUCAUUGCAUGUCCCCUAGAAUAAAAAUAAGUGCCCACCUCUGCCUCUUCAUUAGUGUAAUUGAAGAUGGUAGUGGAAAAAAAAAAAAAAAAACGAAGACCUCCAAUGUGGAGUUAGUCCAGAGGGGCACCAUUACUGAGCAAACCACAAAAGCACAGCUAGAGCAAGAAAUUAAGAGUACUGGAACCUCUGGUUGUCACUCGCUGAUAAAGCGGAGAUCAUGUGCUGCUACUUUUAUAUGGAGAAUUGAACAUGACUUGGAAAUAAAUCAGCCAGCCAUUGGCAUAAAUAGUGAAAUUUUUGCCUUAAAUGAAAAAAUAAAAAAUAGUGUUGAAAAUAUAAAAUUUAUUCAUGCCAAAUGUGAAGCAUUAUUGCCUCUCACAUCUUUUUUUAUUUUUCGCAUAUUACAGAUGCUCAUUCUGCUGCUUCUUACUAAAGAUUUAUGGUUGAUUCAUAUUUUUCUGUUUCUUGUGGCAAUUUUCACAAAGAAGCUGUCUUCAGUAUCACAUACCAAUCCACUCUGUUCUGCACUUAUGAACGUGGCAUAACAGUAUCCUUCACAAUCCUUAUUUCUGUUCUAAAUGUGGUAAAGGAUUCUCAUGGACACUUGAUUAUCCCCAGUAGAGAGGAGCCGCCUUAUUGCACUGAGUGUGGUAAACGAUUCUCAAAGUGCCAUUGAUUUCACAACCUUGGAAGAAUUCACACUGGUGAGAUGUCUCACUGCUGUUCUGAAUGUGUCACGUGUUUCUCAGACAGCAGGAAUCCUUAUGGCCACAGCUUUGUAUAAUUUUGUAUAUUACAGACGCCCAUUCUGCUGCUUCUUACUAAAGAUUUAUGGUUGACUAGCAAAAUACCCGGCUUUGCAGCCGAGAAGUAGUGUGUUAAAGAAGUUAUGAAAAAGAAAAGG